AUGAGGAUCCGGUGUAAGUUUUUAGCCUACAGAGGCAGACAUAUUUUUUGGUUCACAAAAAACAUUUGUCGAAAAGAAGCGGUUUAACUAAUAUCAAAAACAUUAAACUUCUCUAAAGUAUGCUUAAUUUUAGAAGCAGAUGUAUGUUUUUAAGCCAUAACCUAUUCAAAAAUGUAUCAUUUAACAUGAGUUAUACGAAAUAUUAAAUUUUAAUCAAUUUUAUACAGUGAAGUCGAGCAAAGAUGAAGAAGAUAUCAAGGCCAGAUAUGUGACACAAAGAAGGUUGUUGUUAGCUGCCAUUGACAGUGUUGAUGCAAAGUCCAAGACCGGUGGCUACAUUGUGUAUUCGACUUGUUCAGUGUUGGUGGAAGAGAACGAAGCUGUUGUACAAUAUGCUUUGGAGAAGAGAAACGUCAAACUAGUACCAAUGGGACUAGACGUCGGAGUUCAAGGUUUCACAAAGUAAGAUUUUUGUGUCAAACAUUUUAAGUUUAUACACUUUACUCAUGAUUUUUUGUUAGGUAUAAAAAUGUGUUUUUAAUGUAAUUUUUAGAUACCGACAAUACCGUUUCCAUCCUUCAAUGUCGGAGACAAGGAGAUACUAUCCUCACGUUCAUAACAUUGAUGGUUUCUUCGUUUCAAAGCUGAAGAAGUUGUCAAAUGACAUCAAGAAGCCAAACGAACAGAAUGGCGAGGAAGAACACAAGGAACAGAAAACACAGCAACAGAAGAAUGGAAAGAAAAAUAAAAACAAAAAGGACGGAAGAAGGAACUGA